CAUAAAAAAAAAAAAACUAAGACCAAUUGCAAUCAGAAUAGCACUCUCUACAUCAUUCUAAAAGUAUUUAAAAGGUCAACAAUCCCUUUAAUCUUCAUGUCAUGCCUGGGUAACGUGACAUCACUGUUAGAAGCAGACAUUUUCAUGACAGGAUUCAGAGAGAGGUUAAAGGAAAUUUUCUGUUACUGAAAAAAAACUGCAUAGUUUAAGAAAUCAGAUCAACUGUGACUACAAUAUUCUGACAUGAAUAAUUUUAAAUUGGAGCAUGUCAUUGAAAUAUAUGAUUUCCCAGCUUCCUUUGAAAAUAAGGAUUUCAUGGAAGCAUUUUCCAGCUUCCUGCAGUGUGGAUUUGACAUAAAGUGGGUGGACAGUAGCCAUGUCCUUGGCAUCUUUUCAAGCACUACAAAAGCUAGGGAUGCCCUGAGAAAUAAGAACCCAGUGUUGAAAAUGCGACCACUGGCACAGUCCACAAGAGCCUCCCAAGCUAAAGCAAGAAAAUAUGCGGAGUUCCUACAGCCGGUGAGACCGCGCCCUCAGACAUCUGCGCUGGCCGCUAAGCGCUUUGUAAUGCAAGCUCUGGGAUUGCACUGCACACAAAGCAAACAUGAAUAUAUAGCUGAGCUCGGAAGGCUUAAAGGUAAAAAGGAGAGGAAGUGUAAUGUAAGACCAGCAGGGAAAGCCUGCCGCCACUCCCAUUCUCCAACAUAUGCACUGUCAUAUAGGCAUCUUGCAGAGAAUUCUGUGGGCAUGUGUAAUAUGGAAAAGGAUACAGAGGUAAAAAAAAUCUGAAAGAACAGAGUGACAGGUGGAUUUCAGACUCUUUGCAGUCUACAGAGUCACCAGCAGGCAAAGACUGUCCAGCUUCCCGUCCUCCCAACAUCUGCAGUGAUCACAAAGCACAUUCAGAUGCAUGCUGUGGGACUCGGCCACACAUAGAGCAAAACGGAGUAUGAGGCAGUGUACAUAAAGCUUAAAAACAAGAAAGAGAGGAAGGAUUUUGCAUCUGUACAGAAAAAAAUGACAUCAGUUACUUUAAUUAAAUCUGACGUGUUUUUAAUGCUA